GCGGACAUCGCGAGUUUUUGCCGGCGUAGUUUGGAGAGCACUUCGCCGAGAGUUCUCAAAUGCGCUUUCCGUUGUACGGAGGCAUGUUUUCGAGCAUGUGAGUUGCAUACUUUCAUUUACCGCACGUAAUACUUAUUAGACAGAAUGAUCCUAAAUCAACUAGUGUACGUGCUGAGAAGGCCACUGCGGCCCAGCAAUCGCAAGCGAUCUGAUAUAGUCACCAUCAAGUCCAUUGCCGCUAACAUUGCUACCCGUCAGCUUUUCAAAGAACGAAGCCUCUGUGUUCGCGAUUUCGCCUGUGAGAGGUUUGAGUGCAGUGUAGUAGGCGAGUUCUGGAAGCGCUUAGCUGCCGAAGUGAACGAGCGGCUUGUUCUGCUCGGCGAAAUCUUGGCGAAGCAGUGUAACUUUUAUGUUGCUCACCGCAUGCGGCGAGGUAGUCAGAUAUGGAACCUCUACAGUCGUCUGUAUACGGAGAAGACACUUAAAGCUCUAGUAUCCAAGUUUCUCGACAGACUCCGAAGCAGGUCGCAGAAGCCCAUUGCCUUCCUUCUAAGUGCGGCACUCUUCAAAUGGGAACACGAGCGGAUCACAGACAACGAGGUGAAAGGGUGCAUAGACGAGUUUGAGAUCCUUUCUCAGAAGUGUGGCAAUACAAAUGGCAACUUCAGCGAGCCAACUCUGCAGCCGGAGAUAUUCAAAGCACAUUUGGCAGAAGAAGGCUGGGAACCCGUUGUUGAGAAUAGCAAGAUGUUCCUGUGGAGGCGUUGGAUGCCAGAAACGUCUGGCUAUGAGUAUAAAGUGUUCGGGACAUUCAACGACAUCCCAGCCCGGGCAUUCUUUAGUGUCCAGACGGACACAGAGUACCGCAAGCGAUGGGACAAACUUGUGAUCAAGCUUGACAUCAUCGACCGGGAUACAAGAGGCAGUUGCGAAGUAGUUCACUGGGUCAUGCAGUACCCUUUUCCCAUGUACAAGCGGGACUAUGUGUACAUAAGAAGAGCAUUUGUUGAUGACCAACGCAAAGUGAUGGUGCUCAUGUCACGGUCAACAGAUCACCCAGCUUGCCCUCCUAUCAAUGAGUGUGUCCGAGUGACCAAGUACACGUCACACAUGGUGAUCAGACCUCACCGAAGCAUAGAUGAGGAUGGUUUUGACUUCCUGCUGUCAUACUAUGACGACCCGCGAUCCUCGUUUCCGGGGCCGAUCUACAGCUGGAUGGCAGCCUCAGGCGUGCCAGACUUCAUUGAGAAGCUGCAUUGCGCAGCCAAGGACUUGCACCUCAAGAGCACAAAGGCACCGCAGCCAAAUCUUAGUGGCCAGAGCUCAUCAGUUCAGUGUGCCUAUGCUUGAGGAGGUUAUCUCUCUCAAGCGCUGGUCUCUUUACAUGGUGUUGUGCACCUCCUUCAACAUUGCUUGCAGUGUGUCAAUUUAAGGUAUUCACAGGUGGGCUCAGCAGUAUGAGAUUGCAAGUAACACUUUUGCUGUUAUGACUUGGGCACAGCCAAAAUUUUAUGAAGCUGCACACUGGAUCUGACUGGCUAAGCUGUUAUAACUGCUUGGUGUACACAUUUGCACAGUAAGUGUUCUGUGCACUGUGUGUUUCCACAAAGAAACGCCGUUCAUUAGUCUGCCAGUGUAAGUUGCAAAGUGUGUAUGUGGGAUCUUAUUUGUAGAUUGAAAGUGUGCUUUACUGAGCAGAAACUGAAUUGGACCUUGUGACAUGAUAUCAUGAACUAACACAGUGGUACAGGAAUUAAUUUUUGACUGCUAUGGACAGUUUAUUCUUGCUGAGGUUUCUGGGCCUGCAAAAAAAACUUGUUCUCAUCUAGUUAAGUGGUGACUGACAUAGACCUGUGAACAAGCCAAGGCAAACUGCUGCAUGAACCUAGCCAUUUGGUGCUGAGGCACUGCUGUGAAAACUGUCUGUCUAGACAUAGCAAUGCGCAAUAAUUUUACAAUUGCAGCAUUUGUUCCACUGGCAGAAAACUGAAGUAUUCAUGUGUAUAGCCUUCACAUUUUGUAGAAAUGUUUCAUAUAUUUGAAGCCGUGCCUCAUUUGGAAGGUGGUUCUACUUUCUUCUCAAACAGCGCUUUUCUUUUUUUUUAACAACCCCCCCCCCCCCCCCUCGAACCCAUGAUGUAGUUACAUAUAAGCAGCCCCAGUAAUAUGAUAUCUCAAAUGCCAGCAGUAUGAAAAGCUGUUUUGUGAAAAUGUCAUGGUGUGUGUUGUGCAUUUGACCUAAGCUGACAUAGAUGUGUUCAUGAAUAGCCAUUACAAGCCAAGGAAAUCAAAUAGGAAUUAGCAAGACACUAGGACACACAUAAACUAGCAAUAGGUACAUCAGCAUGCCUGGGAAAAGGUUCUAAAAUCUUAGGUUAUAUGAAAGUGUGCAUAUGGAAUUUUGAAAAGAGUUGUGCACAGCUAAAAUAUCACAGCCAAGUGCAUGGUUUGCCAUAAAGCCAGAAACAAGAAGUAGCUUACAGUGAUUUAGUAUGUGCACAGUAGUUGCAGGUGGGAGGAAAAUCCUUCUAGCCAUUUUGUAGAUAGUUGCUGUAACUAACUGGUGGUAACGAUUAUUGGGUGAGUUGGUUUGACAUUGUGCUAAUUUUUCUAGCACUGUUGAGAUACGGACAGCAAGGGAGAUGAAACAGCCAUAGAACGUUAACUAGAAAUUAUUACCAAGAUGAGUGGACCUUUGACAUGCUGUGCGCUCCUUUAGAGCAAACAUGAAAGGGACCCAAGAAAUCUGUUCAUCUUACUUAAAGUUCUGCUAAAUAAAAAGUGAACUAAAUCUGUUGGAAAGUAAAACAAAAAUCCUUGAACUGUUCAGCUUACCAGAGAGCUUAAGGAGAAUCUGCUGUAUCUCAGCAGCUUUCUUUGAUACAUGGUUCCCUUGCAAAUCUGAUGUUGCAGAAAAGCAGCAUAGAUGUUAUGCAGUCAGAUUUUGUCAGUUAGCUCUGUAAAAAUGCUUUUUCUUAUCAUUGACCUACGUAUUUCAGAUGUAAAUUCAUGCUAUUAGAGCUAUUAGCUAUGCCCUAACAUAACCAUGAGCCCAAACUAGUGCCAAUAACCUACUGAUUAUAUUAGUCAUGGUUGGAGUUUAUUCGAGACGCAGAAAAUGUAAAAUUGUAAGUAAACUUAAUAACUCCUCCUACCACUUGCUUCACAGAAAGCAACCAGGACAGAGCCUUCCUGUGUAAGAUGCCAUAAAAGUCAAAAUAUAGGUCCACGUGGAAUAUAGGUCGACCCCUGACCUUGAGGUGAAUAAAAUUUUUAGAAGCUUUUCAACGAAUACACCCAUUCAUCGUCAGAAAUGAAAGCCACACGUAAACUGUGAGGAUUUUCAUCCAGGGACAGCUGCUGGUCACUUAUGACAUUCCACAGCCCAGCACUGGUGAUGUCCAAGACAUUUGUCAUGUAGGGAUAGGCAUGUGCAACACUGUCAUCAGGCUAUGCGCAGCACGCACGAGGCACCUGAGGUGCACGCCAGCAAUGACUGCACUUGACUGUAGGCAUCCUCGCGUUGUUGCCAGGCAUCUUCCGUCGAUUGCAGCUUCAAUGUUUUUUGUGCUAUUUUCACGCACUAUGGUGACCGACGAGACUUCUCUUCUGCACCGUCAAUUUGUCCCAGUGGAUAAACGUUCGCGCACACAAUGCAUGCAAAUAAAUUCCACCACAUGGUUUCUUCAAGUUGAGCAUGAACAUUUUAGUGGCCAUGUAAUUAAGUUUUCAGUGAAAGUCAACAGUUGCACUCACCAUGGUUGCACCGUUUCACAACCAAACAGUGCAGUGCUGACAUGCUUUUGUUUGCUACUGUGAAUUCUAUCACAUUUUCAAGCAGCACUAAAGUCAAGCUGAGGCCUGCUAAUUUUGCACCCCGAGACAGUAGUAGCACAUGUUCACACAAUGUUUGCGAAUUUUCCAUGAACUUAGCAGCAGCAACAACAAAAUUGUGGACACUUUCUCCGUUCUUUUUUUUUUUUUUAAUCCCCUAGUAGCCAGACGAGAAGUGGAAUUGUGUCAAAGACUGCUGUGUAAGAAGAGGGGGCACUUUUUCAAAAUAUCUUUUGGGAAAGAAACUCUACCUAUAUUCUAGUUUUUAUGGUAGCCAACCAUUAUCAAGGUCUGGAAUAUUGUGUUGGUUAAGACCUGACUUGUCUUUUUGCACCCUUCUUUAAAAGUUUUAGUUCUGGCAUGAGAAUGAUUAGUUAUUUUGCCUUGCAGAAAAACACGCCUCUACAAUCUAUGACUUGAACAUCCAUCUCUGAUCUAUGUAAGGGAUUACAACUCUGUAUGCUGCUUAUUAUGCCCCCAGCUUUAUGAGGCAAUGCUUUUGUACGGAAUGUGCUUUAUGAGGCAAUGCUUUUGUAUGGAAAGUUGGUUGUUGAUGGAAUGUAGUUGUAUAGGUAGUUAGGUGCUAGUCAUGUUAGUGGUUUUUUAUUAUACACAUGUUUUCCUGGCAAGUUAGUGCGGUGCCCGGUUCUGCUGUGUUCUUUUGAUUUUUCUUUGGCUGUUACCUUGUAUAAUGCUGCUUCAACAGGUGGCAUCUUUUCGGUUGGUUACUAUAGUCUUUCACUUCAACGAUGAAUGGCUUGCUGUUACUCACUUUGAAUGGUGAAGUUUGAAACAGCUCAGUUCUCUUGCACACCAUAUGUUGUCAUGUUUUAUACUUGCCACCAGAAUUUUUUGCAAUGUGGUGCUGUUAUAGUUUUUUUUUUCCUAGUAAUGAAAGAUUGCAGAUGUAACUUGUUUCAGCUUAAUGCCAAGAUUUCGUUUUUGUGUGUCUACUCAGUUAACCAGCUUCGCUUAAGUUGAACCUUUGCCAACCAUCUGCAGCUAUUUGUGGCUAGCUGGUGCACAAUAGCAGAUGGGGUUUACUGCACCUCUUGUUUAGCGCACAGCUUUAAAGUAGAAAUGUUAAGGCGACUAUAUUUUUUUUGGUGGCUCUUUAGCUAGAUUUCAGGCAUUUAUUUGCCCAGUAAUUUUUGUAAAUUUUUGAUUGCACCGUUUUUUCGUCGUAACUUUAAGCUAAUAUAUAAUUAUUGAUGUUGGUAAAGCACGGUGUGAUGUAGUGAUAAGGUAGUUAUAAAGAUGUCAAUUAUUUUUUGUGCCAUUUUAUGUGUACCUCACUCGCCCAUUUCUCAUCUUAUUUUCCAAAUAACAUUUGACAUGCAAUGUAUUUUGAACCAUACUACAAUCACUGGUUUAAUUCAUGUGCUGUCUUCCCACAGCAGACUUGCAAAGCGUUAAACGUGUGUUCAAAGAGUCCCUACGAGAUGGCUCAGCAUACCAAGAAAAGAGAAAGAUAGGAUAAAUACUCUAUUGUAACUGACACGUGCUUCUGGCAGGUGCUACCUGACAUGUAACUGGAACUAACUUCGCAUGUUGAGCAUUGCCCAACAUGUAAAGAAUGCACAAUGUCGCAUGUGGGGAACAUACCUAACCUGCGACUGCAGGCAGUAGCUCAUCAUUUGACAUUAUGGGGUCCCAGGCUUGGAGUGCUUUUUGUAACACACACAUACACUCGAAGCAAUAGACAGUUUUAGUUUAAUGUUAGCGUAAUAGCGGGUUUAAGGGAAAUAGUGUUACCAUUCCGCAAACGAACUUUGCAGAAAAUGAGAUUUAGUAUAGUCUGAUAGCGUAAUUUACUUGUAGGACACUAUACCAUUAUGCUUUAAAUUUCACAUACAUAGUACACCUAAAAGAUUCUAUCUGUUCACCAUGCUUUGCGUGUGCGCCUGAAAAGUGCAUUAGGCAGCGCAUUGAAAGCCGGGAGCGCGUUGUAGUUGUACUUUCUACGUCUGCUGAUCCGCAGUGAAAUCGGUACAAGCAGUACAAGCUGUCAACCAUGGCCUCCAAGACUUUCUGAUCUGAGAGGCUGUCACGUUUAUCUCCCAACUUCGUCAAUAGAUGGCACCGUCAUCCAGUUUCUCUCUUUAGCCCCUUGAAGUGUUCGAAACGAGAAACGAUCUGAAAAACUCCUCAAGAUGAUCCAUAAUACUCUGUUGUCAGAGAGUCCCAAGACUAAGCGAAAGCUGUUUACAGUCAUUUGCUAUGAACAAGUGAAUUCUACAAAGGCAACACCAAAUUCACUUCGAAGUGGCCAGCUGGGACCGCCAGCAUGUUUUACGUAAAUGACAUAAACCAUGCAGUGACAGUAACAUUAAAUCUGAGAAAUAGCAUGCAUAUUCCAAACACUAUAGGUUAUUCAGCAUUCUGUGUAUGUGCAUUUUGAUCCCGCUAUUCCGCUAAGGAUGCUAAACUAAAACUGUCUAAUACUGUACCUGCUUGGCUGGGCAUUAAGAAAGUUGGAUGUGUGAUGGCGUCUUGGCAUAUAAAUAAGAUACAGUGGUGCCUUGCAGAACGAACUUAAUUCAUUCUGGGAGUAGGCUUGUUCUGUGAGAGGUUCAUUCUCUGGGAAGUGUUUUAAUGUGAUCAGAAUUCUCUGGGAACUUUACCCACUUUGUGGUAUUGUCUAACCUCUUUCACCCAGUGACCCAAGUUGUCUACUAGCUUGGGCCUCUAGGUGUGUGGUGGCUACUGUUUGCCAAGCAGACAUGGGUCACUGGAUAUGUGCCUAAAUAGACGGCUGGCUGCUGUCUGGCCUAGUAGACAACUUGGUUCACUGGGUAUGUGCCCCAACAGACAUCUUUGGCACUGUGAAUGUGCCCAUUCUUUGCCAAUGGAUGUGCCAAGGUGACACAAAGGGGGCAGAGCCUAAAAUAUAUUGAAGUGAUAGCACCCCAUUUAUAACAAACACCUCUUCAUUGAGCCCAGAUGCUUGAUGAAGAGCCAUUGCUACAAAGUUGCAUCCAGGGUAUACUACAGAGCUCCAACUGGGGAGCAGUGAUUACAGCAAGGUAUACCGUGUCAUGGUAUCAUUUGGCAUUGCAGUUAUCAGUGAGAUUGCCACUUUGUGUGUCUACAGUGGCAAUACUGUGUGUCAUUACAUUGCUUUAAUGCUAAUUGCAUUGAUGUUUAAAUUCAUCGUGAGAUGGGUCCUGCCAUAAUUUUUUUUCCAUGGACUAUAAGAAUCCUAUUAAUUGGCUCGUGCAACUUGGGAGCUUGGUUAUUUAUGUGAAAACCAAAAAUUGUUAAAACACGUUAGAAAAAAUUUGUCAGUGUAUUUACCAAGGAUGGAGGACAUUCACGACGAGAUCGAGAAAAGGUGACAUCCAGCUUAGUGUUUACAGCCAUCUGCUAUUUAGAAACACUCCUCACUUCAGAGUUCAUGUCUCUCAGCUAGAUGAGGCAGAAGGCACUGCUGUGAAAAAUGUUCUCCUGUCUGUGUCAUAGCCUUUUUUAAAGGUUCAAAAUGAUAUAAGUCACCUACGCAUUUCUGAAGAUGAAAGGAGAGUGACGUGAGAACCUUGCUAGGUGAGGGAAAAUAGUGGCUCAUGAUUAGGGAGGCCCAGAAAGCACAUAGGCACAUCUGUGUGCGGAUAUGUCUAGUUCGUACAGAGGAACCGGGUUCACUCUGGAAAAUGUUUGCUGAGCGAGGCACCACUGUUUUAUUACCUCUUGUUAGGCUGAUGUCACAAGUUGGUCGUGUACGAAACAUUACAUCAGGCACGUACCCAGUGGCGAUGGAGCCCUCCCCCCCCUCCCCCUACCCUCGCACACGCCACUACUAUUCACCCAUAUCCCUGAAGUGCUGCCAAAACAAUCUUGAAACUUGACAGCUAUUCAGCGGUCAACAAUGGGCUGCUGUUACGGUAUUAUUAUGGCCGAGGCGUGGAAGCGAUCGCUGGUCAGGCCAAAGGAAAGGCCACAAUACUGGGGCAUGAAACAGAUUGAUAUUCUCCCAGCUAAAAUAUGGUGGAAUGUUUUUGCCUUUCUCAUUAUUUCGAUGUUUGUUUCAAAAUCUGCUGGACAGACCCAACUGAUAUCUUUUCAAUGUUUUAUGUUUCACAGCCAUCCCAAAAAAUAAAAAAUUUCAAUCAAACCAUUGAACCCAGAAGCACUAUGAUUGUCACCUAUUACCUCGUCUGGCUUUUCUUUCCCCCUCCCCCCCCCAAUUGUACAGCACUUUUCUGCAAAAUUUACAACGGGAGAGAAGAGUCGCACGAAGUUGAAAAAUUAAGCGAUCUACUAAGGGAGAGAGCCGAGGCAAAAGCCAAACAGUAAGGAAAAUCAAAAAUUAACACAUUGAACCAUUGUUAGUGGAAAUAUUUAUGCACGAAAAUCCAUUUAUUUAAAAAGGGAAUAGAGAAAAUGCCGCCGGAAGUGGCGAAUGGUUCCCCGUAUAUUGAAUGACGCCUCUACAGUUAUCAUUCGAGCCGCCUGACGUAGCUACUUCUCUGCUGUGCUUAUACAGAUGUUUUUCUAACCUACCGCGGGGGCACAGUACGUCUAGAACCGCAGUGCCCUGCACUCUACGCGGUUGUACAAGACUGGCGGCCACGCUUCAUUACACAACUUCCCAAACAACAAUACAAGUUGGUUUUAAGUUAAGUUGUAAGGUUUUGCGUGCCAAAACCACUUCCUGAUUAUGAGGCAUGCCGUAGUGGAGGACUCUGGAAAUUUCGACCACCUAAGGUUCUUUAACGUGCACCUAAAUCUAAGUACACGGGUGUUUUUGCAUUUCGUGCUCAGCAGCUUAGCACCAUAGCCACUGAGCAACCACUGCGGGUGCAAGUCGGUUUUGGCACUUAACUUGGUAGAGCAGUAAAUGAGGGAUACAAAAGAACUGUGAUUGUUCCGGAAAUAUAUCUAUCUCGAUAAUUCUUCCAGAGCUAAUUAGAAAAACACUACUAGAAAUCUUCAUUUUAUGCUUUCAUUUGUUUACUUGUUCUUGGCUGUGCCCUUCCUGCAUGAGUCAAUUUGAUGUGGUUCCUUGUUUGCCAAGUAAUUGAUGUGUGUAGAUCACAGGUGUACUUGUGAUAUACACCUUAUUUCAUUUCUCUUUUGUGGGUUUGCAUGCCUUUAUAGCAAACGGUAGGAAUUAACGUUUGUACUAGUAAAAGUACACCCCCCCCCCCCCCACUCAUUCGCAUAGAAAAGUCACCCUGGGUGUAGCACCCCCUCCCCCCCCUCCCCUUUUGAAAAAAAAUCCUGGGUACGUGCCUACAUUAGUGCUCUGAUUUUUGUUAUUAGAGGCCAUGUCCAUGUAACCUUUUUCGAAGGUCUGAUAUUUCUAGGCUUGCAGUGAAGGAAAAGCCAAAGGUGUGAGCCCUGAAAACAUGUGAGCCCUGAAAACAAGGUGGGCCCUGAAAACAUUGCCCUUUACUGUGCUGGGAAGCCAGGGAGGGUGACUUACAGUUUUGUCACACAUAUGCACUCUCCUUUGCUUUUGUUUUUUAAUAAAUUUGCUCAGCCCUCAUUCACUCUAAACCUACUGUGUUGUUCCAGUUAGCAUUUGCUGGUCUGGUUAGCUCCUUACUUAAAUACCUUGUGGGCAUUAAAAUGUGAAUGGGUGUUAAGAUACAUAGUCUUGCAAAUCGCUUGUAAACACAAAUGACUGACGCACACUUCUUGAUUGCCAGACUGCAUUUUAGGUAUGGUCAUGGCAAGCCAUAUACAUGCACAAGCUUGAAUUUAAAGGGUUGCCUUUUGUCAAGCAUCAAUGCUUUUUCUUCUCUGUUAUAGGGUAUCAUUGCAAGCAUUUCGAGCAAAAACUGCAAGUAGUGAUGUGAAUGAAAUGUAUGGAAGUAGGAAAUGUAUCCUGGAGUUGUUGCAAUAUCAUGAUGGGGAUAAAUAAACUGUUUUAUGCUCACA